GCCGCCGCGGCACUGAGCGGUUGCCGGAGCCGGUAUCCGAGACGCGGCGGCGGCGGCGGCGGCGGCGGUGCCGGGAGCCCAGAGCCCACCCCGGCCCGGCCCGCGCUCUCCGCCCCCGCCUCCCUGGCCGGCGGCGGCGGCUGCGGGCGAGCGCGCGGGGCCCGGGCCGCCCCCAGCCCCAGCCCCGCCGGGCCCCGCCCCCCGCCGAGUGCAUGAGGUUGACGCUACUUUGUUGUACCUGGAGGGAAGAACGUAUGGGAGAGGAAGGAAGCGAGUUGCCCGUGUGUGCGAGCUGCGGCCAGAGGAUCUACGAUGGCCAGUACCUCCAGGCCCUGAAUGCUGACUGGCACGCAGACUGCUUCAGGUGUUGCGAAUGCAGUGCCUCCCUUUCGCACCAGUACUACGAGAAGGAUGGGCAGCUCUUCUGCAAGAAGGACUAUUGGGCCCGCUAUGGCGAGUCUUGCCACGGAUGCUCAGAGCACAUCACCAAGGGGCUGGUCAUGGUGGCUGGGGAGCUGAAAUACCACCCCGAAUGCUUCAUCUGCCUCACAUGCGGAACCUUCAUCGGUGACGGGGACACCUACACGCUGGUGGAGCACUCCAAGCUGUACUGCGGACACUGCUACUACCAGACCGUGGUGACCCCUGUCAUCGAGCAGAUCCUGCCCGACUCCCCUGGCUCCCACCUGCCCCACACGGUCACCCUGGUCUCCAUCCCAGCUUCAGCUCAUGGCAAACGCGGCCUCUCGGUCUCCAUCGACCCCCCUCACAGCCUGCCGGGCUGCAGCGCAGAGCACUCCCACACCGUCCGCGUCCAGGGAGUGGACCCAGGCUGCAUGAGCCCGGAUGUGAAGAAUUCCAUCCAUGUCGGGGACCGGAUCCUGGAAAUCAAUGGCACGCCCAUCCGGAAUGUGCCUCUGGACGAGAUUGAUCUGCUGAUCCAGGAAACCAGCCGCCUGCUCCAGCUGACUCUGGAGCAUGACCCCCAUGACACCCUGGGCCAUGGGCCGGGGUCUGAGCCCAGCCCCCUGGGCUCCCCGGCUCUCACGCCCAGCGGGGAGGCGGGCAGCCCCGGCCGGCAGAAACCUGUGCUGAGGAGCUGCAGCAUCGACAGGUCCCCGGGCGCCGGCUCGCUGGGCUCCCCGGCCUCCCAGCGCAAGGACCUGGGUCGCUCCGAGUCCCUCCGUGUGGUCUGCCGGCCGCACCGCAUCUUCCGGCCUUCGGAUCUCAUCCACGGGGAGGUGUUGGGCAAGGGCUGCUUUGGCCAGGCCAUCAAGGUGACGCACCGAGAGACAGGCGAGGUGAUGGUGAUGAAGGAGCUGAUCCGCUUCGACGAGGAGACCCAGCGGACGUUCCUCAAGGAGGUGAAGGUCAUGCGAUGCCUGGAGCACCCGAAUGUGCUGAAGUUCAUCGGGGUGCUCUACAAGGACAAGAGGCUCAACUUCAUCACCGAGUACAUCAAGGGCGGCACGCUCCGGGGCAUCAUCAAGAGCAUGGACAGCCAGUACCCCUGGAGUCAGAGGGUGAGCUUUGCCAAGGACAUCGCUUCUGGGAUGGCCUACCUCCACUCCAUGAACAUCAUCCACCGGGACCUCAACUCCCACAACUGCCUGGUGCGCGAGAACAAGAAUGUGGUGGUGGCUGAUUUUGGGCUGGCGCGGCUCAUGGUGGAUGAGAAGACUCAGCCCGAGGACCUGCGGAGCCUCAAGAAGCCAGACCGGAAAAAGCGGUACACGGUGGUGGGCAACCCCUACUGGAUGGCGCCCGAGAUGAUCAACGGCCGCAGCUACGACGAGAAGGUGGAUGUGUUCUCAUUCGGGAUCGUCCUCUGCGAGAUCAUCGGGCGAGUGAAUGCUGACCCGGACUACCUGCCGCGCACCAUGGAUUUUGGCCUCAACGUGCGAGGCUUCUUGGACCGCUACUGCCCCCCAAACUGCCCCCCGAGCUUCUUCCCCAUUACUGUGCGCUGCUGUGACCUGGACCCUGAGAAGAGGCCCUCCUUCGUGAAGCUGGAGCAGUGGCUGGAGACCCUCCGCAUGCACUUGGCCGGCCACCUGCCGCUGGGCCCACAGCUGGAGCAGCUGGACAGGGGCUUCUGGGAGACCUACCGGCGUGGCGAGAGCGGGCUGCCCGCCCACCCUGAGGUCCCUGACUGAGCCCAGCACCCCCCGGCUGCCCCUGUCCGCCUCCGGAGAAUCUGCCCGGCACCGGAUUCCUCUGCAGGAGGCGGCCCGGGUGUGGCGCCCUCACUGGGGCGGCGGGCACCCAGACCCUCCCCCACACCUUGCCCCGUCUCUGCCCCGGCCCCAGAGCUGGUCUGGCCGCACACACACCAUCACCUCACCCUGCCUUACCUCUGUCUUGGUGGGGCCGCCCCCUCCCGCCUCUGCUUGCAUGAGCUGGAGGGCCCGUGUGAGCUGUGCCCCAUCCCGCACCUGCCCCCCCAGCCUACCCCCAUGCACACUCCGCUGUCUGCAGCUCCUCCGAAGCUGGGCUGGAGGACAGGCCGCCCCCCGACCGUGACCCAUCACAUGUGUUCCCGGGAGCACAGGGAGUCUGGGGCCCGUCAACCCCCCAGGGGGUUGCCUCAGUAGCAGCAGGUAUAGAUAAUUAUCCAAACCCCCAAAGGGAGAGAGGUCUGCUCCCAUGGGGCGGAAGUCCCGGGGGCCAGACAGCAGCCCUGACUCGCUUUGGGUCUUUUCCUUUCUUUAUUGAAGCCACUUUAGUGGGAAGCAGGUACCAGGCCUCAGGGUGAAGGGAGGGUCCCUGGAGAGGGAGGGGAGCCGUGGUCUGGGGGCCAGAGCUGCUGGGGGGCGCCUCAGAGGGGGGUUGGGCAGAGUCCCCCAGCCUCCCAGCCCCCUGAAGUUCAUCUCAGCACCCCCUCCGGGCCUCUCCCCAGGCUUCUUGCCAGUGGCUGAAGCAGCCCCUGCCCCUCCCCACGCCCCUCUGUCCUCUGGGUUCUUUCUGUGUAAUCUAUUUUUUAAGAAGAGUUUGUAUUAUUUUUUCAUAACGGCUGCAGCAGCAGCUGCCGGGGGCUUGGGGUUUUAUUUUUUUUCGGCGGGCGGGGGUCGGGGGGCCAUUUUGUCACUUUGCCUCAGUUGAGCAUCUAGGAAGUAUUAAAACUGUGAAGCCUUCUCAGUGCACUUUGAACCUGGAAAACAAUCGAAAGCAGGCCCGUGGGACUAUGACUCAGGGAGGUGACAAGAGUCACCUCCAUCCAGGAGUGGGGACAUCUAAGGAACAAAACCCAGACUCAGAAAAAUAAAAUAAACUCCGUACUCCCCCCCCCA